AUGUUGGUGCCGUUCAACACGGCCAUCAUCGAGUCCAUCCUCACCUCCUCCAUCACCAGUGCAUCGAAGCCGGACUCGGUCCCUCCAUCACAGCAGGGAGUGGAGGAACUGACCGAGGCUGUGGCCGGUCUACGCACCGUGGAGGAGGUUCUCAAGUACCUGGAGCCAGAGCGAUGGCAGCGCGACAUGGAUGAGCUGUACAGACCCAGCUGGCAUGUGCUGGGCAAGUCCUUUAUCCACAGCAAGAAGGCACGAGGAGCCGACCUGAACCUACUGCGGGAGGAGGUGCGUCUCUACAGCUGCACUCCCAGGAACUUCUCUGUGCCUCUGCGUGAGGAGCUGCGCAGGACAGAUGUUAUCUUCUGGCCCAGCUGCCUCCUGGUGAAGCGCUGUGGAGGGAACUGUGCCUGCUGCUCCCAUAGAGGAUACGAGUGCCAGUGCGUGCCUGCCAAGGUCUCCACCAAGUACCACGAGGUCCUCUUGCUGAAGCACCGCAGUGGUGUCCGGGGGCUGCAGAAGUCCAUGACUGACGUGGCGCUGGAGCAUCAUGAGGAGUGUGUGUGUGAGUGCACGGAUGAUUCGGACUGA